AUGACCGCGAAUGUGAUGGGAUGGAGUCCAUCGGAAGAGGGGUGGUUGAAACUUAACGUUGAUAGAGCCUAUGCUUCUACUGAAAACAUCACUGCCUGUGGGGGACUGUUGCAAAAUGAGAGUGGUAACUUACUCUUUGGGUUUAUGUAUCGACUUGAAGGAGGUGAUAGCUUAACUGUGAAAUUGUGGUCAAUUUUGGUUGGACUAAAAAUGAUGUGUGAUUUAGGCUUUAGAAAGAUAAUUCUUGAAUUUAACUCUACAAAUGCCUUGGAGCUUGCUACUAUGGAACCUAACAUGGAGCACCUUGACUACGUUCAACUACAUGAAGUGCACCAACUUCUUUAG